CUGAACUGCCGGAAGUACAAGGGAAGAGCGUAAAAACGAAAAGUUUCAUUGGCUUUAGCUGUAAGGCGACACCAAUAUCGACGGAGGGUUUUUAAAAAUAAUAAAUUGGUUGCUGAAAAGAAGUUUAAUGUAAACUAGACUGCAAAAAUCGAACCGUUUUGGGAGAGCACUGGUUUUCGUUUAGUUUACUUUUAGGUACGAUGGGGCUGCCUACACUGGAGUUCAGCGAUUCUUUUUUGGAUAGCCCUGAUUUCAGGGAACGUCUGAAAUGUCAUGAAAUUGAGUUGGAUCGGACGAACAAAUUCAUCAAAGAACUCAUCAAAGAUGGGAAUAUGCUCAUCACUGCGUUGAAAAACCUCUCUGCGGCUGUACAGACGUUCUCUCAGUCGCUCCAGGAGUUCCAGUUUGAAUGCAUCGGGGACGCAGAGACAGACGAUGAGAUCAAUAUCGCUCAGUCUUUCAAGGAGUUUUCCCAGUUGUUGAAUACAGUUGAAGAAGAAAGAAGACGAUUGAUACAGAAUGCAGAUGAUGUCUUGAUCACACCGCUGGAAAAGUUCCGGAAGGAGCAAAUUGGCGUCGCAAAAGAAGGAAAGAAGAAAUUUGACAAGGAAACUGAAAAGUACUAUUCAGUUUUGGAGAAGCACCUUAAUUUAUCAUCUAAAAAGAAAGAAGCUUUCUUACAAGAGGCAGAUGCCCAGAUUGACAGAGAGAGGCAGGUCUUUUAUGACGCCUCUCUUGAGUAUGUCUUCAAAAUUCAGGAGGUUCAGGAAAAGAAGAAGUUUGAAUUUGUUGAACCUCUCCUGGCUUUCCUCCAGGGCCUGUUUACCUUUUACCAUGAGGGCUAUGAGCUGGCGCAUGAAUUUGAGCCCUACAAGCAACAGCUGCAGUUCAAUUUACAGAACACGAGAAACAACUUUGUGAGCACCAGGCAGGAAGUUGAGAAGCUGAUGAGGAGGAUGAAGACAGCAGACCAGGACUACAAAGCACCAGGCCAGUGGACCAUGGAGGGUUUUCUGUACAUCCAGGAAAAGCGGCCGCUGGGAUGCAGCUGGAUUCGGCACUACUGUACUUACGAGAAAGGAAGCAAGACGUUCACAAUGAGUAACUCAGAAAAUAAAUCAGCUGGCAAGCAGAAUGGGCUGGUCACAAGUCCCCCCGAGAUGUUCAAACUCAAGUCCUGUAUCCGGAGGAAGACCGACUCCAUUGACAAGCGAUUCUGCUUCGAUGUUGAGGUGGUGGAGAGGCAUGGCAUCAUCACGCUGCAGGCACUGUCUGAGUCUAACAGGCGGCUCUGGCUCGAGGCCAUGGAUGGCAAGGAGCCGAUAUACACCCUUCCGGCAUUUCUGAGCAAGAAAGAAGAGAUGUUUCUGAAUGAAGCUGGUUUUAAUUUUGUGAGGAAGUGCAUUCAUCUAGUGGAGAUGAGGGGGAUUAACAUCAUGGGACUCUACAGAAUAGGAGGUGUGAACUCCAAAGUUCAGAGGCUCAUGACCUCUGUGUUCACUGCAAAAGCUCCCACAGACAUGGACCUUGAUCCGGAUAUAUGGGAUAACAAGACCAUCACCAGUGGCUUGAAAAAUUACCUUAGAUGCCUUGCGGAGCCUCUCAUGACAUACCGGCUUCACAAAGACUUCAUAAUGGCAGUCAAGUCAGAUGACCAGAACUACAGGGUCCGUGCUGUCCAUGCCUUGGUCCACAAGAUACCGGACAAGAACAAAGAGAUGCUGGACAUCCUGAUUAAACACCUUGUCACGGUGUCCAAGCACAGCCAGAGUAACCUCAUGACGGUGUCAAACCUGGGAGUGAUCUUCGGCCCCACGCUCAUGCGCUCCCAGGAGGAGACCGUGGCAGCCAUGAUGAACAUCAAAUUCCAGAACAUUGUGGUGGAGAUCCUCAUUGAAAACUAUGAGAAGAUCUUUCAGGAAGCCCCUGAUCCUAAUGUCCCCCUGCCUCAGCCACAGCCCCGCUCCAGUUCCCGCCGGAGUAAGGCCAUCUGCCUGUCUACAGGGCCCAGGAAGCCCAGGGGCCUGUACACGCCCACUCUGUGCCUGGCCGACGCGGACAGCGACACGUUCAGCAGCAGCCCGGGCAGCACCCCAAUGGGCAGCAUCGAGUCCCUCUCCUCCCACUCCUCCGAGCAGAACAGCUUGUCCAAAAUGUGCUUGUCCUCACAGCCUCCAGACAUGCCCACUUCCCCCCCCCCCAAUGUAGGCCCCUGCUGGCCGGCCUUGCAGGCUCCCUCUAACGGACCCAAGAGCCCCUUGAGCACCGCCAGCACCCCAGGCACCAUCAGCUCACUGGGCACCACCAGCCCUGAAUCCAGCUCCAAGGAGGACACCGCCAAGACGGACGGCGAAUCCGGGGAUGCCCAGAGUCUGUCCUCAGUCACAGCAGCGGGGAGAAGCUCCCCUGGCUCCACCAGUGCCACACCUCUCAACUGCUCUGCCGCUCCCUCCCUCCACUCUCUGCAUAUAUCGGAAGGUCAGGGAAGCCACAGUGGUUCUGUUCAGAGUCUGGUGUCGCUGGACCUGAGGGACAGCCCCAAACCCCACAUCCACCCCGACCUGCCCCCCAAACUGGUCAGACGCCGCAGAGUGGACGCCUCCUCCAGCAACGGCUACCAGAGACCUGGAUCCAUUGUCGCAGCAAGAGCCAUGCUCUUUGGAAAUCCUGUGAUCUCACAGCCGACUCCUGCUGGGAGAGAUGCAAAGGCCAUGUACUCCUGCAAGGCUGAACACAGCCAUGAGCUGAGCUUCCCCCAGGGGGCAAUCUUUUCAAAUGUAUACUCUUCAGUGGAACCCGGCUGGCUCCAGGCAACAUAUGAUGGAAAGACGGGGCUAAUCCCAGAGAAUUAUGUCAUCUUUCUCUAACAAGUUCUGAAGACUGGUACAUUUCAUGGUAUCCAUGGUUCUAAUAUCCUGUACAGUGAGCAAGGUAAAGGCAGCUCCCCAGUAGCAUGGCUGCUCCUAUGAAUUCUGUACAUAGUUGUUAUGCGGGAAAAGACGAGCCUCAUCUAUAAAGUAUAUUUAGUUUUGUAAUAUAUACACAUGUGAUAUGAUGAGGAUAUUCCUUUCUGUAUAUGUAAUUAUAUAAGGUGAAAAUAAUGUUUUACAUCUUUUCUGACAGUCAGAUAUAGUCAAAACAAUAUUUUAGGAAGUUUAAUCAAGCCUAUAAUAAUCAUUUCUAAUUCAGAAUUGCCUCAGCUCUAAAGUACUUUAUUUAAAUGUUUUACAGACUACCGCUGCUUUCAGAGCACUUUCUAAUCACUUUUUUCUGCAGCCUGUUACAGUCCAUCAGUAUUAAGGUACCACAGAGUAAUUGUCUUUCUGUAUUAUUCAUCAUAGUGUUUCUGUGUUAAAAGGCACCAUGGGUCUGUUAUCUAAAACAUCAUUAGUUUACCAAACAGAUGUGAUUGCCUUUGGUUGACUAUUUGUUUUGCGCAGUAUUUGAAACCAAACUGCAUAAUUAUUUGCCGCAAUCAUGAACUACGUCAACAAGGCCCAAAGGGCAUAGAACAUGUCAUGUUUUAUGUGCCAUGCAACUACCCUGUGGGCCCUCUAAUUUCCAAUAAAAGCUGACUGGGCAUAUUGAGCAUCUCGGUAUUAAUAUUGCACCCAAAAUUCAAUUCAGUCUAAUCAUUCAUUUUUGUGAACAGUGUACAGCAUCUUGUAAAAAGAAAUUGAAAGCUCACUUAAAUGAGUUUGAAAACCUGGUGAAGGGAAUAAGGUUUUGUAUAAUCUCUGAAGAGAGGGAUGGCGGAACUCCGCCAACCUCUAUUUUGGCUCUCCGUCCGUCCAGGAGCAGAGAUUUAUCCAGAAUGCUUUUCUCAUGGAGAGAGUGGCUGUGAGUUGUAUGCCAAAAUAAGUUGUGCACUUUGCACUGUGUUGAUCAGUUGUGGACUUUUAAUAACCGUCAAGGUACGUUGUUGCAUGUUUGCACUGUUUUGUUUGUUAUUUUGCUGUUUUGCGCCGUGUUGUUUGUUAUUUUGCUGUUAUUUCCACCAUCCCUCUCUGCCUCUAAUCAGUUUAACUGUGGUACACAAUGUCAUUUUUCUCAUUUGAACAAAUUUGACCAUUAUUUUUGUUUGUUGUAAUUUCAUUUCAAAUGUUGUAUUAACACUAAAUGCAAACAAAAGGAAAAAUGGGCAUUAUGAAUUUAACAGACUGAAAUUAAAUUGUGUCCUACAAUGUUGGUUUGUAGACUAGCUGACUGAAUUGCAGUUAUUGUUAUAUGCUGUUCAAACAUAUGUGUGUAACUCCCUUCAAUCAUAUUUAUAAAAAUGUGCAUGUUUUUAAAAUAAGAGAAUAACUUGAGGAUAUACAUAAUUUUACCAUCUCUAAAUUAAUCCACCAUCUUAAUGUUCUCCUGAAGAGAGCAAAUAAUGUUAUCCUUUAGGCAAAUAAAGACUCAUUGGGUGGGCCUCAUUCACAAAACUUUCAUAAAAUUGCAUGAAAAGCCAAUGAGGAUUCACAAAACGUGCAGAGAACUUUGUUUGUGUGCAUAUCUCUGGAGGAUGAAUGUCAAUUGUGUGUAAAUUGGAUGCAUGUAGCCUACUUGUUUAUGUGGUAUUACAUGAACAUUACAGCCCAGCAAUCCCAUAAACAGCAAUCCCAUAAAAGGCAUGAGCCAUUCAGCAUUCAGCUUCAGCAAUUCAUCACUCUGCAAUCAUCACGCUCUCUCCCCAAGGCAUGAUUAGCCAAUUAUACCACAGGGUACAGUGCAUCCAGAAAGUAUUCACAGCGCUUCACUUUUCCCACAUUUUGUUUUGUUACAGCCUUAUUCCAAAAAUAAAUUUUUGCAAAUUUAUAAAAAAAAAUAAUAAAUAAAAAUAAAUCACAUUUACAUAAGUAUUCACAGCCUUUGCUCAAUACUUUGUUGAUGCACCUUUGGCAGCAAUUACAGCCUCAAGUCUUUUUGAAUAUGAUGCCACAAGCCUGGCACACCUAUCUUUGGGCAGUUUCACCCAUUCCUCUUUGCAGCACCUCUCAAGCUCCAUCAGGUUGGAUGGGGAGCGUCGGUGCACAGCCAUUUUCAGAUCUCUCCAGAGAUGUUCAAUCGGAUUCAAGUCUGGGCUCUGGCAGGGCCACUCAAGGACAUUCACAGAGCUGUCCUGAAGCCACUCCUUUGAUAUUUUAGCUGUGUGCUUAGGGUCGUUGUCCUGCUGAAAGAUGAACCGUCACCCCAGUCUGAGGUCAAGAGCGCUCUGGAGCAGGUUUUCAUCCAGGAUGUCUCUGUACAUUGCGACAUUCAUCUUUCCCUCCAUCCUGACUAGUCUCCCAGUUCCUGCCGCUGAAAAACAUCCCCACAGCAUGAUGCUGCCACCACCAUGCUUCACUGUAGGGAUGGAAGCUCUGACAGAGUGACCAUCGGGUUCUUGGUCACCUCCCUGACUAAGGCCCUUCUCCCGAUUGCUCAGUUUAGACGGGCGGCCAGCUCUAGGAAGAGUCCUGGUGGUUCCGAACUUAUUCCAUUUAUGGAUGAUGGAGGCCACUGUGCUCAUUGGGACCUUCAAAGCAGCAGACAUUUUUCUGUACCCUUCCCCAGAUUUGUGCCUUGAGACAAUCCUGUCUCGGGAGGUCUACAGACAAUUCCUUUGACUUCAUGCUUGGUUUGUGCUCCGACAUGCACUGUCAACUGUGGGACCUUAUAUAGACAGGUGUGUGCCUUUCCAAAUCAUGUCCAGUCAACUGAAUUUACCACAGGUGGACUCCAAUUAAGCUGUAGAAACAUCUCAAGGUUGAUCAGUGGAAACAGGAUGCACCUGAGCUCAAUUUUGAGCUUCAUGGCAAAGGCUGUGAAUACUUAUGUACAUGUGAUUUCUUAGUUUUUUAUUUUUUAAUAAAUUUGCAAAAAUCUCAAAAAAAACUUUUUUCACUUUUGUCAUUAUGGAGUAUUGUGUGUAGAAUUUGGAGGAAAAAAAUGAAUUUAAUCAAUUUUGGAAUAAGGCUGUAACAUAACAAAAUGUGGAAAAAGUGAAGCGCUGUGAAUACACCAUUGCUACAUGAUUUGUUUGACUAUGCCCUUGUGGGACUUUAUAUAUCAUAAUCAAUCAGUUUUAUCAAUGAACAAAAUUAAUUACAUUUGCCUUCCCAACAAGGUUAUUGCUAGCUAAAACAAAGAUGAACAAUUUUAAAAAUCAUUAAUAAAAAUUAGUUUUGAGGUUAUUCAGUUAAUGUAGUUAAAUAGCAAUCGCCUCUUUAACCAUUUUAGGUCUCAGAUCACAAAUAUGUGAUUAGAAUGUUCUAAACUGAACAUAAGGCGGCACGGAUGGUGCAGUGGGUAGCACUGCCACCUCACAGCAAGGAGGUCCUGGGUUCGGGUACUCCGGUUUCCUCCCACAGUCCAAAGACAUGCAGGUUAGGCUAAAUUGCCCAUAGGUAUGAGUGUGUGCGUGAAUGGUGUGUGUGCCCUGCGAUGGACUGGCGACCUGUCCAGGGUGUAUUCCUGCCUUUCGCCCAAUGUAUGCUGGGAUAGGCUCCAGCCCCCUGCGACCCUGUUCAGGGUAAGCAGGUUCAGAUAAUGGAUGGAUGGAUGGAUGAACUGAACAUUCUACUGCUGAUGUAACAAUCACUACUUGUAACUGAAAGUUACAACACGGAUAUUAGUGCUGCUUCCGUUUCAGCUUUUGUUUAAUAUUAAUAUAUUUGAAUAGUUAUUAAAUUAGGUCUUAAUGAUGUAUGUAGCAACUUAAAAUUACUUGAAAUAAAUAAAUCCAAUCAUCAUUGCAUAUUCCUUUUCAAACAUGCAUAAGUUUUGAUCUUCUGAAAAAACGAAUCCUGAUGAGAAAAAGCGACGAAUGCUGAAACAUGAGAACAUUCUUAAGCACUGUUAACUGUUAAUCUGAUGAAACACACAAGUUUUGUGAAGGAAGCAUAGGAUAAUGGGAUUAGUACAAAGAGCAGAUUGCAUGUGUCAAUUCUUUAAGAGAUCACUUUGGAAAAAUGCCACUUACACUGUAUACUGAAUUUUUACAUUCUAUUUUCCUACUACACUGGUGUACUAGCAUUGUCCAUAUUGCAUUACUGCAAAAAGUAAUUAAUAUUCUAAUAAAUAAUAUUAUAAUAAUUCAGUUGUUUAAAUGAGCUUGAUAUUUUAAUAUUUGUUAGUAUUAUCACUGUAUGUUAAGCACUCUCUGUUUUAUGUAUUGAAAUAAAAAGAAAAUAUUUUCAGGAUUUGUCCUAUCUAAAAAUAAAAGUGCAGCUCAUAAAACUA